UGCGGCGUCGUAAAUCCCAACACGUUUCAGCAGCAAGCCGAUCCUGACAUGGACUCUUCAUCACGGAGGGGGAAACUUUGACAGGAGCCGGACCCCACCCCCCCCCUCCAGACAGGACGUGACGCAGAGCCCAAUUAACAUAAUAUAUGCUGAUGUCAUCGCGUCGCGCUCAGCCAAUCAGCGCCCUUCACUUUCACCACCUGCCAGGAACAGAAUUCCAUCAUUCCAGGCAUUCCUCCCCCUUCAUCCCUUACAACCAAGUUAGUCCCGACAGCCCGGUUUACUAUUCCGCCUGUCCUCCUUCAGGUCCGCUCGGCCGCGGCUCUCGCCUUCCUUUCGGGAUACUUUUCCUCGCUGUUUUGGGUUGUGUUGUCGUGUUGGCGGACGGACGUCACAACUCGGAGGAUUUCCAAGUGGCGCUGGAAGGACCUGUUCAACUAUGGAGACGCCCUUGGAUGUUCUGUCCAGAGCAGCAUCACUAGUUCAUGCAGAUGACGAGAAACGUGAGGCGGCUCUGAGAGCAGACCCCAGACUUCAGUCCCUGUCCCUCUCCUCUUCGUCCUCUUCAUCGUCAUCAUCCUCUUCCUCUUCUUCCUCCAUCUCCAGUCACAGGACUGGCCCCCCGCCCAUCAGUCCCAGUAAGAGGAAGCUGAGCGGGGACCAGGGAGACAGUGACAUGGACGACAACGAACACGUGGCCAAGAUGAGCCGGCUGUUUGCCACACAGUUGAAACCUAACGGGGACUACCGCAGCGCUAUCAGCUCCAAGGACCAGAGCCGGAGCCCGACAGAGCGCUUGGUCCCGCCCACCACCAUGGGUGUCCAUGGCAACCACCUGUACAGCCACGCCCACCACCACCAUCACCACUUGGCCAGCUUGGCAAGCAUGGAGCAGCCACUGGCGCUCACCAAAGGCAGCAUGGUGGACUCAGCCCGCGGCGGCUCCUUAAGCAUGCCGACCAUGCCAGCCCCCGUCAGCGCUGUCGAACGCCAACAGAAUCGUCCGUCAGUCAUCACCUGCGCUCCAGCCAACAACAGGAACUGUAACCUGUCUCACUGUCCGCUCUCCCACAACGGCUGCUCGUCCAUCAGCAACUACAGGAAAACAAACACCUCCACGGCCUGCGACCCCGUCAUCGAGGAGCACUUCCGCCGCAGUCUGGGCAAGAACUACAAGGAGCCGGAGCCCGUGGCCACCAACUCGGUGUCCAUCACCGGCUCGGUGGACGACCACUUCGCCAAGGCGCUGGGCGAGACCUGGCUCCAGAUCAAGAACAGCAAGGGGAGCCCCUCGUCCUCCGGCAGCAGUCCCAACUCCUCCCCCAACAGUCACAUGGUCAGCCACAGCCACUCCCCAUCCGUCGUCUCCUGAAGAGGGAGGAGCUUAGAAGAAUCGGACCCUCCAGCCCCCCCCCACGUUACUUUUCACCAGCGAUCCUUCCUGCAGGUCCACCAAGACCCCCUCUGCACACCACAUAGAGGACUGGCUGAGCAGUAACCCUGCCCGGGUAGUUCCCAAACACUCUUCUUUUCUUGUUUUUCGGGUUUUUGCUUCCUUAGCGUAAGCGUAGUUAACAAAGUUGGUAGACGGGGUCCUGUCAUCAUCCAUGGUGUUUGUUUUUUUUUGAGGGUUCAGGGUGAAAGAACUGCAGCACGGACUCGCUCCUCGCCCCUUCAGACCGCUGCAAGGCCGAGCGAGGGUCUACAGCGGUGUACGGGGAGACAGGAGAGCGAGGAGGUAUUUUUACUUUUGGCUUUGUGUGAGUCUUUGUUUGGGCGGCUCUCUGCCUCGCAAGCGGUUUUAUGUAACGCCUUUGCAUAACGAGACGCCCAGCUUGGACAAGGAAAACAAUUGAGAAACAGACGAUUUCCUUUUUUUUAUUUGUUUGUUUGUUGUUGGACGUCAAACACCACCUGACUGUUCUACCAAAGAAACCUGGCAGACAGACACCCUCUAUGGAUCCGUGUCCCCCCCAAGCCUGGAAAGAAGAAAACCAGGUCAUGCCGUCAUCUCCUCUUCGUUCUGUUGUGAUCUCUCUCCUGGUCCUGCUAGCUUCUGCAGGACUGACUGACACUCCUGUCAUGGCGGCUCAUGGGCGGGGGGUGGAAGAAGGUUUUGAACAGUGGUGAGGGACGGGCGGGUGAUGUAGUUCAGCCUCGCACACACCGGGGACAGCGACGCUGCUUUCGUACACAGCACAUUUGGCCUUUAAGCCCGUAGCGAUCUCCGUUAGCUUACAUUCAGGUGAGCAGGGAUAAGAGCUGGGUUCGCUCCUGCGGAGGAGUACCGACACCACAAAGCCCAACAUCCUCUUCGUCGUUUAUCAACGGCGACUCGUAUCGGAAAGUAGAAAACACAAACUUCAUGUGAUUCCCCGGAGGUGUUUCCCAUCACAUUAUCAAAGGCCAACGUCACCCAACAAAGCGCUGAUGGAUGCGUUGUCCUGUCCUGACGUGGACGGUUUUUGCAUGAACUCGAGUCCGGACUUGCCCGUGGUUUAAUCCUGGCGUUCGGCUGCGUGGCGUUUUCCAGGCAGUCAUUUUUUAUAAAUUUCCAAUCACCGUUUCUUUGAAGACAAACCUGACGAGAAGGCGCUGGCUGCAGGUUAGAGGAAGAAGUUCAUGGGGCUUUUGUAGGGCGGCCGAC